AUGGAUAGGAACGGGGAAGAUGAGCCACAGCAGGAGCGCGCCACGGCAGGCCGGGUAGAUCAAAAGGCGAAGCUUAACUACAUCCAAUGGGAGGACAAGUUCCGAAUCGAGAAACCAUACGAGUUCAUUUCACAAGCCCCUGAAGGCUGUCCGAGAAAGAACUUCACUCUCGCCCCUUCAUCAGAGCAGACCAUCCACGAUAUCAGAGGCAGUGAAGAGCUGUUCAACCUCGAUGACCAUGCAUUUCAGGUAGCGAGGCAGGAGCUUGGAGUCAUACCGACUGACCAGGAAGGGAUUGAGAGGGAGUACCUCCCAAAAAUUGUGGGGUUGCUGAAGAGCAUCGAUCCGGGAGCGGAGGUGGUGGUUUUUGACUGGAGACUUCGAACGAGUGACGACAAGCGGCGGACCACUGCCAAAUCCGGGAGUGUCAUCGAUCUCGACGAUCCAAUGCUCAUCCUGAAGCCCGUGCACGCUGUUCACAUUGACCAAAGCCCACUAGCCGCCACCAAACGAGUCAAGCAUCACAUGGGCGCUCGGGCCAAUGAGCUUCUCCAGCGGCGCUUCCGAAUUAUCAACGUUUGGCGCCCCCUUCGACACCCCGUAGCCAAUUAUGCCCUUGCCGUUUGCGACGGCAGUACAGUCCAGCCACAGAACUUAGUAGCCGUCGACCACGUAAGGAAGAACUACGAAGGCGAAGGGCUUUAUCCGCUGUACGAUCAAGGAAUGAAGUGGUACUACUUGAAUCGGCAGACGAAGGAUGAAGUUCUGUUUUUCAAGACUUAUGAUUCCGCGGAAGGGGUGAAAGCGAGGUGCUGUCCGCAUACUUCCUUCAAACAGUCUAGCGGUGAGCAGCCUGUGCAAGAGGCCGGUGACUGUAGUAACGCGACACCCAGGGAGAGCAUUGAGGUCCGAGCUUUGGUGUUUUCGAAGGUUGGUGACGAGAGGUAG